UGCCACUGCACUCCAGCCUGGGUGACAGAGCGAGACUCCAUCGCAAAAAAAAAAAUAAAAAAAUUGUUGCCCCAAAAGUUCUGAGAAAGAUGAGGUAGGAGAACCCAGGAGGGGAGUGUCCCCUAACCCAGCCCAGCGGUGAUUGGUCGGCCCUCCUAGAGGAAGUGUCUGUUGAACAGAGUCGUGAAGAGCUGGGAGGAAUUUGGCAGGCUGAAGGGAGGGCAUUACUGGUAGGGGAAUGGCAUGUGCCAAGGUCCAUUUGCUGGGGAGCACAGUGCCAGGCCAGUGGGAGCACUUGCAGGAUUCAAAGCUGCGGGUCUGAUUUGCAGGCAAGAAGAAAGACCUGGGUGCUGAGUGGGGAGGCGGCCACCAUGAUUCAAUCAAGAAAUGGGAGCCGUGGAAAUCGGGUAGAGGGGGACUGUCGCGGGAAAGACGGACGUAAUCGUAGGGCUUAAUGAGGAGCUGAGUGCCGAGAGGGUGUGAGAUGGAGUCAGAGAUGACUCUCAGAAUUUUGUCCCUGAAGACUGGGUGGAGGGUGGGAUCUUGGCCAAGAAGCCAGGGGAGGAGGAAAGAAGGCUCUGUGGGAAAUGACUUCAGCCCUGACGUGUCUGGACAGCGCGCAGACGGGAGGUAUUGGGGCAGCAAGUUUGGCUUUGGCGGGAUGGCGACCUGGGAGCAGCAGAAAUCUGGAAACUGACAGCAUGGACGUGCUGGCCGCAGCUUCCAGGCAGAAUGCUGUCCAGUUUCAACGAGUGGUUUUGGCAGGACAGGUUCUGGUUACCACCCAAUGUCACGUGGACAGAGCUGGAAGACCGGGAUGGCCGUGUCUACCCCCACCCCCAGGACUUGCUGGCAGCCCUGCCCCUGGCGCUGGUCCUCCUGGCCAUGCGCCUUGCCUUUGAGAGAUUCAUUGGCCUGCCCUUGAGCCGGUGGCUGGGUGUGAGGGAUCAGACCAGGAGGCAAGUGAAGCCCAACGCCACGCUGGAGAAACACUUCCUCACGGAAGGGCACAGGCCCAAGGAGCCCCAGCUGUCUCUCCUGGCCGCCCAGUGUGGCCUCACGCUGCGGCAGACCCAGCGAUGGUUCCGGAGACGCCGGAACCAGGAUCGACCCCAGCUGACCAAGAAGUUCUGUGAGGCCAGCUGGAGGUUUCUCUUCUACCUGUCCUCCUUCGUGGGCGGCCUCUCGGUCCUGUACCACGAGUCAUGGCUGUGGGCACCAGUAAUGUGCUGGGACAGGUACCCAAACCAGACUCUGAAGCCAUCCCUGUACUGGUGGUACCUCUUGGAGUUGGGUUUCUACCUCUCACUGCUAAUCAGGCUGCCCUUUGAUGUCAAGCGCAAGGAUUUCAAGGAGCAGGUGAUACACCACUUCGUGGCGGUCAUCCUGAUGACCUUCUCCUACAGCGCCAACCUGCUGCGCAUUGGCUCUCUGGUGCUGCUGUUACACGAUUCCUCCGACUACCUGCUGGAGGCCUGUAAGAUGGUCAACUACAUGCAGUAUCAGCAAGUGUGCGACGCUCUCUUCCUCAUCUUCUCCUUGGUCUUCUUCUACACCCGACUGGUCCUCUUUCCCACCCAGAUCCUCUACACCACAUACUACGAGUCCAUCAGCAACAGGGGCCCCUUCUUCGGCUACUACUUCUUCAACGGGCUUCUGAUGUUGCUGCAGCUGCUGCACGUGUUCUGGUCUUGCCUCAUUCUGCGCAUGCUCUAUAGCUUCAUGAAGAAGGGCCAGAUGGAGAAGGAUAUUCGUAGUGAUGUAGAAGAAUCAGACUCCAGUGAGGAGGAGGCGGCGGCCCAGGAACCUCUGCAGCUAAAGAACGGGGCAGCUGGAGGGCCCAGGCCAGCCCCCACUGAUGGCCCUCGGAGCCGGGUGGCCGGGCGUCUGACCAACAGGCACACAACAGCCACAUAGCCGGGCGGGGCUGGCUGUAAGGGGUUGCCCCCCCCCCCCGCCAGUGCCUUGGAUAUUUCUGGGUGACUGGACUGGCGCCCCUGGGCCACCUUUCUGGAGACAGGGAGGGCCCCACCCGGGGUGGGCGGGGAGGGCUGAUGAUCUGUCUCCAGCCCCUUCCUUCUGCCCACCCCCCCGCCCUUCUUCCCUCUGGGCAACUGGACAGAGCUGGGAGCCAGCAGCUGGAUGCUGUGGCUGGCCAGAGACACCUCCAGGCUGUAGCCUGGGGGCUGGGGGGAGCCCCAGGCUGAAAAGGGUCCAAUUAAAACAAAUGGAGCCAAAUUUUCUGCCUGAGAACUUGGGUCCCUAUCAAAGUUCCUUCUUCAUCUCCAGAGACCCCCGAGGGAGCCAGGCCUCUGCUUACAUACCCCACCGACGGGAUACUCACUGCCACCCAAGGAUGCAGGGCCCCAGGGGCCCCAGACAGCAACAGAGCCCAGAGACCACCCGCUCCCCACGCUGUUCCCAGAUGAGCCCCCGACUUGCCAGCCAGUGACUCAAACAAGUCCCUCCCUCCACCCUUAGGGUACCCUUGGGUCAGCCUCUCAAAGACCCCCUUGCAGACUAGCUCUGAAAGGUCAAGUCCUUUGCCCAAGCUCACAGGUAGGUCACAGACCAGGCCUGUCUCUGCAGUCCUUUCUUAAGUCCGGUAGAUUGCCCACCUUUGUGGUCCCUGGAUCCUUCCUUGGGACAGUGGAGGGAGUGGGCUGAAAUCCCACAGACUUCCCAAGGGUUAGCCUGGGGAGGUCACUGUCUCUUCAAGAGCUCCAAAAAUAAAGAAACAGAGGCCAGGCCAGGCCUGGUGGCUCACACCUGGAAUCCCAGCACUUUUGGAGGCUGAGGCACGGGGAUCACUUGAGGUCAGGAGGUCAAGACCAGACUUGGCAACAUGGUAAAACCCCAUCUCUACUAAAAAUACAAAAACUAGCAGGGCAGGGUGACCCACACCUGUAAUCGCAGUCACCUGGGAGGCUGAGGCAGGAGAAUCGCUUGAACCCGGGAGGUGGAGGCUGCAGUGAGCCAAGAUCACGCCACUGCACUCCAGCCUGGUCAACAGAGCAAGACUCCAUCUCAAAACAAAACAAAAGCCAGGCCCGGUGGCUCACGCCUGUAAUCCCAGCACUUUGGGAUGCCGAAGCGGGCGGAUCGUGAGGUCAGGAGAUCGAGACCAUCCUGGCUAACAUGGUGAAACCUCACCUCUACUAAAAAUACAAAAAAUUACCCAGGUGUGGUGGUGGGCACCUGUAGUCCCAGCUACUCAGGAGGCUGAGGCAGGAGAAUGGCGUGAACUCAGAAGGCGGAGCUUGCAGUGAGCCAAGAUCUCGCGCCACUGCACUCCAGCCUGGUUGACAGAGCGAGACUGUCUCAGAUAAACAAAAAAGAAAUUGGACAACAAAGUAUUGGAGAGAAUGGGGGGGGGUCAGUAAUCUCACAUACAUUAUCAGGGGGAAUAUAAAUUGUUACCAACACUGGAAAACCAUUCAGCAUUGUUAUAAUAGUUGACCUUUUAUAAAGCUCAAAAGCAACCCAAAUGAGAUAAUAUAUAGGCAUGAAUACCUAGCUAGUAGAACUGUAAUAAAAUAUAAACACAAAAUUCAAAUUAGUAAAUUACCUUUGAUCUGGGAAGGUAAGGGGAUGGGAUUCAGAUAGAUAUCAAUUACUAUCACUGUUCUAGUUUUUGAAGUGAGGUGAAGUUUUUUUUGUUUUUUGAGAUGGAGUCUCUUUCUGUCACCCAGGCUAGAAUGCAUUGGUGCCAUCUCGGCCCACUG